CUUACUUACUAACUUGCGUGAGGAUUACUUCCAGGAAGCAAAGCCAACAAAUCACUCAAAAUGAGUUUGUAAACUUGAGAGAGCUAAAGACAUUAAGUAGAGACUUUGUGUGAAAGUGUGUGAGUGUGCAUGUGUAUGAGUUGAAAGUGUUUAUUUUCCAUCAUGACUGUGAGAUGUAGGAGAUUGUCGCUGGACAGCUCUAUCUGUCUGGAUGGAGUUGAAGUCCUUGGAGGAAGAAGAGGCAGCAGCAUGUUUAGCAGUAAGAAAUCCAGACAAUGUGAAAGUCUGGACGAUGCCCGACUAGAGCUCCAGGAGCUACAUCACAGCUUCAACUCCAGCACGUCCCCCAGUCUCCUCAGGCAGCAGACCAUAACGGAGGAGAACAUUGAGCGUUCAGAUGGGCUCGUCCAUAAAAAUAGCUUCCUAAAGCACAGCAAAACCUUCCACAAACUGUUCCAAAAGAUUCCUGUGGGGGAGAACCUCACACACACAUUUACCUGUGCCUUGCAGAAGGAGGUAUUGUAUCACGGAAAACUCUUUGUCUCAGAGAACUAUGUGGGUUUCUACUCGUCAGUGCUGCUCAAAGAGACCAAGGUGGUGAUUCCUGUGUCCAGCAUCAUGGGGGUGAAGAAACAUAACUCUACUUUAUCCAUGUUGUCUAUUCAAACUGCUGAUGGAGAGAAGCACACGUUUGUGUCUUUGAGGCACCGUGAGAUGUGUCACAAACUCCUCCAAACUGUCUGUUCCCGUGUACAGGGGAAGAGCGUCAACAGCAGCCCUCAUCUCUCCUCUGCAGAGAACGAAGCUGAUCCCGAAGUGGCCUCCAGUUAUUCGAGUUUGGACGACUGCACCAAUCAUGAUCUCAGCAGAGAGGACAGCAUCAAUCUUGACAACAGCUUUCCUCAGAAGUCCAGUGAAGCUCCUACAAGACAGCUGAACAGCUUAACGGACGAAGACAACAGAGCUGUGUCCUGGAUUUGGAGGCUCACUGAGAGGGUCGCACCGCUCUUCGUUCUCAGAGAAUUGAGGAGUGUCAGCGCUCUCUUCUACCUCUACAUUAUGCUGAUGGUGCUGCUCCUGUUGGUGUCCGGAUACAUCGGGCUGAGGAUCAUAGCACUGGAGGAGCAGCUGACUGAGUUGUUUGUACAACACAACGAGUACCAACAAAUAGCCAGUGGGAGAAGACAAACAAAUCCUCCUAGGAACUAAUGCGGUGCACCAUUCCAUUAAGAUCCUGCUGUACAUUGAUCCCUGUCUAGACAGGCUCCCAAAAGCAUCUUAGCUCUGAGACUCGGUCCAUUUGACAUACGGUACAUCUUCCAGUUAAAUUUACAAUAUUGCGCACAAACAAGUUCUCUCACAGUAGAGAUUGAUCUCCUGUGUUAGUGCCCUCUCUGCGGAGGAUGCAGGUCGGCAAUAAGAUGCUUUUGGGAUGUCUGAACCAGGCCACACACGGUGAACUACACGGAUGACUGACUGCUUUGGCAGAGAAGCACCGGGACAAUAUUUCUAUUCGGAGCACAUCCAUUCUCUGCUGACAAAUCAAAUAUUGCAGUGAGGAGCUCGUGCACUGAGCCAUAUGGAGGCAAGCCUGCUGAAGCCAUGUUUAUUUCCUGGCCGGUGAACAGCUGAGCUCAGCAAGCUGAGUUCGCUGGAGUCUUGGCCGUCGUUAUCUUGGAUCAACACAACCUGCAACAGUGAGAACACACACAAAGUGAAAUAAGCUCUUUAUUGUUGCCUGCUUUAAAAUGAUUUGUGCAUCAUUAAAAGAGGGUUCCCGUUUUCUGCAUAAACUGCUGGAAUCUCGUAACAUAAGUGACAAUAAUCAGCCAGCAGAGGGCAGACACUCCCAUUAAACACUGUUCCCAAGGCAGGAUUUCACUUGCACUUAUUAGAACAAUUCAGGCACUGAAACUUCUCAAAUAAUGUUUUUUAAACCUUUUACCACCGCCCUUUUUGUCAAAUGUUGUUUAAUGUGUGGUGUCAAAAAGCUGUAGUGAUACAUAAGGGACAGUACAUCUGCCUUAAUAUUGUGUGAAUUAAAAAUAUAUACACAGGCCAUGUUUGAAUCUGAUAUUCAUUGAACUACAUUAAACU